UGCCUCCGGUCCCGUGACGCGCCUGUUAUAUCCCGCAGCCAAGCAGAAGAGCGGAGAGCGGCCCCGGACCCAGCAUGCAGAACGGACACAGCAGUACAGAGCGCCCCCGGGUCAUAGAGAUCGCCCGCAGCGCCUCCUUCAGCGCCUGCCACCGGCUACACUGCAAUACUCUUUCUGAUGAGGAAAAUAAAAAGAUUUUUGGCAAGUGUAACAAUCCUAAUGGACAUGGUCACAAUUACCGAGUGAUCGUCACUGUACGAGGAGAAAUUGACCCGGUCACUGGGAUGGUGAUGAAUCUGACCGACUUGAAGAAAUACAUGGAGGAGGCUAUAAUGAUUCCUUUGGAUCAUAAAAAUCUGGACCGUGAUGUUCCCUACUUCAAAACUGUUGUAAGCUCUGUAGAGAACCUGACUGUAUUCAUCUGGGAUGGCCUUAACAAGAAGCUUCCACCAGGUCUGCUGUAUGAAGUGUGCGUGCAUGAGACAGACUGUAACAGCGCCACCUAUAGAGGGGAGUGAAUCUACAGCUGCAGAUGUCAAGGAGGCCAACACUAAAAAAAACUACGGAAAUUAGUUUCACAUGUGCACAAUAUCCAAACUCUUUUUUACCCCCCCC